UACCGUUGUUUCCAUUACGCAGAGCAAGCAACAGAGUGCCCAGUCUAUUUUCCUCUUGCCUCUUCAAAUGAUUCAAAAACACGAACAACGAGGACGCUCUGACCGCCGCCGGAUUCUCUCUUUUCCAGCAGUUCACCCGUGCGAGGGGAUAUCUCCGGCGACCCUUCUCGAGUCCCUGAUCUCUCUCGCUCGUCAGAUAUGCGGUUACCAGUCGAAGUUCUUUGCGACCCAGCGGAGGAACUCCAGGGAAAUGAUCCGCCUCGUCGGGAUUCUGCUGGAGUUCUUCCAGGACGUGCAGGAGAACCGGUUGGUUCUCUCGGGGUCGACGGUACUUUGCUUCUCAGAGCUCCACCUUACGUUCCAGAAGAUCGGUUUCCUGCUGGAGGACUGUUCCCGGGAAGGCGCCCGGCUCUGGAUCUUGAUGAAGUCUCAAUUCGUUGCAGGUCAAUCCCGCGUGCUGGUUCGCGCGAUUGCCACGGCCCUCGAUAUCUUGCCUUUGGAUGUGAUCGGGGUGGGGAAUGAAGUUAAGGAGUUGGUUGAUUUAGUGGCGAAGCAGGCGAGGAAGACCAGUUGCGAGCUUGAUCAAGGCGAUGAAUGGGCAAUGAGAGAAAUUCGUCUAAGUUUGGAUUACUUCGAGAAGGAAAUUGAACCGAACCAAGGGCUCACUAGGUGGGUUCUCGACUAUCUCGACAUAAAAUCCUGGAGUGAUUGUCACAAGGAAAUUAAAUUCAUGGAAGAAGAGAUCGGUUAUGACUGCUUCGAGUGUGACGAGACGGAAUUCUCACUCCUCAGUAGCUUAGUCGGCUUCAUGAGCUACUGCAGAGGAGUGAUCUUUGAAGCUUCGGAUUGUCAGAGUCAUCCAGAUCAGACAGACGUCAGGCUGAACACAGAAACACUCAGCUGCUUAAAUCCCGAGGAUUUUCGAUGCCCAAUUUCUCUAGAGCUAAUGACAGACCCCGUGACAGUCUCCACAGGGCAGACUUAUGAUCGGUCCUCGAUCCAAAAAUGGCUCAAGGCGGGGAACUUGAUCUGCCCAAAGACUGGGGAGAAGCUGACGAGCACCGACUUAGUGCCGAACACAACACUUAGGAAGCUCAUCCAGCAAUUCUGCAGUGAUAAUGGGAUAUCUCUGGCUAAAUCAGGUAGGCAGAGUCGGGAUAUCACGAAAACCAUUGUCCCUGGAAGCCCAGCAGCCUCGGGAGCCAUGAAAUCUCUCUCAGGAUUCCUGGCUAGGCGGCUUGUUUUUGGGGCAGACGAGCAGAAGCACAGGGCUGCAUACGAGGUUCGGUUACUCUCGAAAUCAAACAUCUUCAACAGGUCUUGUUUAAUCGAGGCAGGCGUGGUUUCUCCUCUGCUAAACCUCUUAUCUUCGACUGAUCCCGUGGCCCAAGAUAAUGCAAUUUCUGGCUUGUUGAAACUCUCGAAACACGCCAGCGGGAGAAAGCUGAUUGUGGAAUGUGGAGGUCUGAGGUCGGUUGUCUCAGUCCUUAAGAGAGGCCUAACUCUUGAAUCGAAACAAGCAGCAGCAGCAACAAUAUUCUAUAUUUCCCUUGUUAAGGGAUGCCAGAAACGAAUCGGAGAAAUACCUGAAGCAAUCCCCUCCCUCGUAGAGCUUAUUCGGGAGGGGAAGCCUUGCGGGAAAAAGAAUGCCGUUGUCGCAAUUUAUGGAGUGCUUCUUUACCCCGGAAAUCACCGACGAGUCCUAGAGGGUGGGACGGUUCUGGUGCUAGUGAACACGAUCCUCUCUUCUUCUUCUUCUUCGACUGACAAAGUCGAGCUACUAAUAGAUUCUUUGGCGGUUCUCGCUUCCCUUGCCGAGAGUGUCGAUGGAACAGUCGCGAUUCUUAAAACUCCGGCACUGCCCUUACUAACCGGUUUGUUGAGAUCCUUGCCGUCAAGAGCCGGGAAAGAGUACACUGUUUCGAUCCUGCACUCUCUGUGCAUCAAUGGCGGAAAAGACGUGAUUGCUGCCUUGGCUAGGGAUGCUUCUCUUACAGGUUUCCUCUAUUCCCUUCUCAAUGAAGGGACUAGUGGGACCUCGAAUACGAGCAAGAAGGCAAGUUCACUCAUCAGGAUUCUUCUCAACUUCAGUGAGAGGAACUAUACGGGGAUGGCGAAUUCUUCUGCAGGCUCCUGGGGACGAAUCGGAAAUGACCGAUAGAAUUGUUUUCUCCCAUCGAAGUGUGUCAGCUUUUCUUGUCCAUUGUAAAUAUAUACACUUUGGUAAGAGUCUUUUAGGGUUAUAGUUCGAGUUAUGAUUUGUUCCGCUAGCUCAAUGUUUUUGUGCAGCAGCUAGCUCUUUAUUAUAUGACAACAUCUUUGCUAGAUCAGAAGGUCAGCGGACGAUACAUCGACAGGGCACAUUGUUUUGCUGGGUUCAAUAAAAUGAAUGUGAAUAAUGUGUUGAGUUCUCA